AUGCUUGUACAGUCUAUUGAAAGCGAUUUAAAAACAACGUCGAAAGAGUCAGCUGAUGAAUGUCACGGUAAUGCAAAAGAAACAUCAACGGCAAUUACACCAGUUACGGUUAGAAGCGAUGUAAAUGAGCAUUCAUCAUCAGUCAACGAACAACAUCUAACAUAUGAAGGCAUCGAUUCUAUCGAGUUACAGCAACAACGACAACGACGACAAAAUGAUACCGUCAAUGUCACUUGUGCUGAUUUAGUUUCCAAUUGUGCUGAUAAUUUCAAUGCAACUCACAUAGCUGCUGAUAACAACAAUUUGCAUCAAUGUGUUUGCUGCAAGCAUCACAAUCACAAGUGCUUUUACUUUUGCUAUUGCUAUGAACGUGAAGUACAGUGUAAGAAAUUUAAAUGUUCGAAAAAUGCUGAUGUUCGAGAAAUUUUCUACGUAGUAAGGCGACGAAAACAAAAAUGUGGCAACGGUAAGCGCUGUAUCAUUACUGAAGCAAAUUUCAACCGAAAACGUCAUACCACUAACAACAGCUGUGCAAAGGCAGAAAAAUUGAGUAUACCAACGUUGACAGUUGAUUGUGAUGAUCAUUUCGUUUGUGAUAAGCGCUUAACGUGGAUCGUCUCUCAAGAUUCUGUUGAAAGAGAAGUUUUUUUUGACACUGAUGAAGACUUAAAAAAUAGUGAAAUAACAUUACAAGUGAGACAAAUCAAUCGAAAAUUAAACCAUCCACGGACAGGUGAUGUCAGUGUGGUGUCGGAUGGUAAAAAAGUGAAUGUGAAGUUUAUUAAGCGGAAAAUUAACGAGAGUGCCACGUCGUCGCCAAUUAUCGACAAUUCGGUUUCAACUGUCCGCCAUUGUACAAUUUCAAUUUUAGAGUUUCUAAAGAUUUAUUUCACGCAAUUUGUCGCAUUACAUGUUGCUUCUCGAUUUCCUGAAUAUCUCAAUUAUAUUCGUGAUAAAAUGUUUCUCUUACGAUCAAUGAAGCUGAAAGAGCGCCUCGCUGUGGCGUUUGGCGUUUCGCUAGUUCUUUUUACCCUUCUGCUAGUGGUAGACUUACAAAUGGACUUAGGAAUGUCUAAAAGUAGUUACCAGCCUGGAAGUUCUCAUGCACGAUACAAAUUUUCUCAAGAUGAAGACAAGAGUGGCGUGUUUAAGGAAUUUCAGCGAAAAUUCCUUCAAAGAAGUAAUGGUUCCGGAUCCAAAGAAGCGACAACAAUUCGAUAUAAUCGAGGGCAUGUCGAUACAUCGGGACAAGGACAAGAAACUGCUCCAAUCCCUCCCACAAUGAACGAUAAAUAUGUAGAUCUCAUGGGACUCGUCCUUGGAAAGCGAUCCGGUGAACUUACUGUGAAUUACGAGAAGGUCAUCGUAAAGUCGGAAGAUAACGAUUCCAAUCCAUCGUUUGCUGAUUUAAUGGAUGUGAAAAUAAGUCAAAAUGCCACAGAUUUGGAGCGAUUCCAAUUCUCAAUAAGUAGAAAGGAAAUGUACCCCGAAAGCGAUAAAACUGUCGACAAUCUUCUUCAAUAUAUGAUUGAUCAACCAAUUCUUCAUGUUGUUCAAAAGGGAGGUGGAACACAACUGAAGCUUAUCAUCGACUAUCCCAACAGCGUUCAUGCAUUAUUCAAACCAAUGAGAUUUCCUCGCGAACAACAAACGCUUCCAAAUCAUUUUUAUUUCUCAGAUUACGAGCGUCAUAACGCCGAAAUUGCGGCAUAUCAUCUUGACAAGUUGCUUGGAUUUCGACGUGCAAUGCCAGUGACUGGUCGAAUCUUAAACAUCACAUCAGAGAUUUAUCAACUUGCUGAUGACGAUUUAUUGAAGACUUUCUUCAUUUCACCCUCGAACAAUGUUUGCUUUCAUGGAAAGUGUUCUUAUUAUUGCGACACAAGUCAUGCAAUUUGCGGUCGUCCAGACACACUCGAAGGAUCUUUUGCAGCUUUUCUCCCAUCGUACGAACAAGCACAACGAAGGGUGUGGAGACAUCCUUGGCGACGAUCAUACCACAAACGAAGAAAGGCGCAAUGGGAAACUGAUGCAGAUUAUUGCACCAUGGUACGAGAAAUUGCACCUUACGAUUCUGGUAGACGACUUUUGGACUUAAUGGAUAUGUCGAUAUUUGAUUUCUUGACUGGCAACAUGGAUCGACAUCAUUAUGAGACUUUCAAAAUCUUUGGAAAUGAAACAUUUCCCAUUCAUUUAGAUCAUGGUCGUGGAUUUGGAAAGGCAUUCCAUGACGAAAUUUCUAUUCUCGCACCGGUUUUGCAAUGUUGUCUCAUCAGAUCAUCUACACUUGAGAUGCUGCUAAGAUACCACAAUGGACCACAAAAACUUUCGGAAGCUAUGAGAGAAUCGAUGGGAACUGAUCCAAUCGCGCCUGUUCUUUGGGAACCUCAUCUUGAAGCACUUGAUAGACGUGUCGUUAUUGUUCUUCAAGGUAUUCGUGACUGUCUAAAAAAGAUAAGCAGCGAGGAAAGAGAAGCACUUAGAGAAAAUCAGGCAAACGAUGUUGCGAAUUAAAAUUGUUCCUUUCGAGUGUGAAAAACGAAUGACACAAAUUUAAUUUCCAACUGGGAUUAAGUAGCGAAAAGAAAUGAUUGUAAAUAAUUAAUUAUAUAUCUCACAUUGUAAAUAUGUUCAGAAACCCUGUCAGGGGAUUUAGUUGCUUUUAAUGCUGUAAAGACAGUCAAAUGCAUUUCCAAAAUUAUUGCUUAAGACUUUACCAAGCUCGCUCGAUCGCAAAGUCGAUAAAUUUUUUUAGAGGAAGCAAGAAAAGAGAAAAAACCUCUCAAGAUGAUUGAAAAAGAAAAACGUGGUUCGUAUAGCAUUAAGAAAGCUCGAUUGUUUCGUUUCGCAGCCUAAAACAUGAAUGAAUUCAAUACACAUUUGAAGCAAAAGAAGAAAGUAGUCGAAUAAAUAAUAAAUCGUGAUUUAUUUAGGAAUUUGAAGAGUAUCUAAAGCAUGAGGAUAUAUUUUGAUAUAAUUAUUUUACAAAACAUUAUUGUAGGAUCGUUCAUAAAUAGCUAGUGAGAGUUACUUUUAGGUGACAUAAAAUUUCGAUUAGAAUUUAUAAGAAAAUUUUCAUGAAGCUUCAUAAUUAAAGUAAAGUUUCAAAUGUAAAACAUUUGUUCGAUAUUUUACUCUAACUUUCAUUAUUUCUUGCUUUGUUGAGUGAAUUUAAUUCAAUUAUGUUAAGAUAGCACUCGUAGAUUUUUUUAUUAAUUCACUUAGAAUGUAAACAAUUUUUUUAAUUACUUGUGAAAUGCUUGAAACCAAAUCAUAAAAAUUUAAAAAGUUUUUGUUUUAUAUUAUUCAAAAUUUUAUCAAUGUUUUGUUUUGAAUUUGAAAAUAUUUUAAUAAAUCUUAUGAAUUGGCUUGAAAAUGGACGACGAGACCAAAGAAAACAAAAAAAUGAUGAAUUGGCCUUUCUACACUUUAAAAUAAAAAUUUUGAUCAGUUCGCUUGUAAACUGAAACUUUUCGAUGAUAAGACAAAAGUAUUUUCAUUGGCAGCAUUAGAAGUAACAAAGUAGAAAUUUUCCACUUGCCGUUUCACAUUGAAUGAAAUUUGUCGAUUUUGAACUGAGAAAUAUUUCAGUAAAUGUGCUUUCAAUGCCUAAGGAAAAGAAAUUUAGAUAAGAAAGUGAAAAUUCGUUACCAAAUCUUAAAGUUAAAGAAGAUUUUACAUAUAAUUGUGAAACACUUUAACUUAUCCAAUUGCUUUUGAAUUGAAAUAAUUUGAUAGAACUUAAUGAGAUUCUCUUUAACAAGAUCUCUGUUAGCAAAUUUCAUCAGUCAAUCAUUGCAAACUUAAACAAAAAGUUUAUUCAGAUCAACAAUAUUAGAGCAAAGAAACUUUUCUUGAAAAGUUUUUGUUUCUUAAGCAUCACUUUGACAUUCAAAUAAUUUAAAACUGUAAGGUUACGAAUAAUCGACUGCAUGACUAAUUAGACAAAUUCACUUUCCAACUUAUUUCUUGACUGAAUUUACUUAAUUCAAUUCAUUUCCUUCUCUUUUUCAUGAUCUAGAAAUAUUAAUAAAUGUUUACAAUAAAAAAAAUUGAGGCUGUUGUCAAAUAAAUGAAACGUAUGAAAAUUAGGAUUUCAAAAAUUUAAUAAUUAGACUUGAAGUUUAGAGCGUCUUUCUAUAACGAACAGAACGAAAUAGUUUGACAUUGAAUUUUGUCUAUUUAAAUAUUUAAAUGAUAUAGAAGAUCACCGUCUACUACUUUAAGCAAGUAAACUUUUUAGAAUCUAAUUUAGAUGAACUAAGUAAUGAAUGAACAUACCUAAUUGGAUGUUUAUAAAUGUCACUGUUGAUGAGAAGAGUAUAAUAAAAUGUUAAAUGAAAGAAAUCAA